AUGGGCUCUGGUCUUCUGAGGUCUUCUUCCAAACCUUGUGAACUGGACAAAAUGGGUACCCAGAAAAUAUCUGUUUCCGAUCAAACAAACAGAUUACAGCGCACCAAUUUCGAUUCCGAUAGCUUCGUAGUGGACGUUGAGCGCUUAUCUCUUCUCGCCGAUAAGGAUACUACAACCGCAAAUUCAGGAUUAACGAAAAGUCUAUCAAGAAAGGUGUCACAACAUAAGAGCGUCGAGAAGAUGAUUAAUCCAAGCACCGGCAAUGAUGGCAAUGAAAAGGACGCUGGUGUUGUCGCUUCUAUAUCUUCCCCAAGAGCCGGGGAUAGCUUCACGCCUGAAAAGCCCAUGGUGGUCACGGUGGCGACUACCAAAGAUCAACCUAUGAGCUCAGGCGUCCAUCAUCAGAUCACUAUUGUGACCGGAAACGUUGGGACCCGCAAUGCCGGAGAGAGGAGAUCAUGGAGGGAUGGCAAGAGAUUCAGUUUCAGACGAUCUUCUCCGGCCUCUUGGGCUGUUGACCCUAGGAGGAUCCUUCUCUUCUUUGCCACCUUGUCAAGCAUGGGGACUAUACUUCUGAUUUACUUCACACUUUCCAUGGGCAGACAAAGUGGGGUUGACAGUGAUGCUCUGAACUAGUAAUGGUGACAACCAAUGUUGGCUCUGAAAAUAAGAGAAAAGAUCAGAAACAUAGAUGAUUCUUUCUUGCAGCCUUGAACAGAACAAAAGAAAGAAACAUGAACGGGAAUUAUAACUUCGUGUUUCUGGUUUCUUACAAAGAAGAUUGCGACCGCUUGAUGGAGCUAGGAAGCACAAGAAGAUGGCGGAAAAAUUGGAACAAAGACGAUGGUGGAAUAAUGAGAGCAAACUUGGGCGAAAUUUCAUUUUCGCUCCUUUGGAGAUACUCAAAUACGAUAUGAAAUCGGCUCGGUAGUGUAUAGUAGUACUUAUCUUAUUUGCUUGGAGAUGUACAGAGACAUGGGCAUUGAUAGGGAUUUUUCAUUUUCGUAUUAGGUCUCAUCAUAUGA